GUCUACUUCCUGUCGCCUCCCGUUAUCUUCCCCUGUCUUCACACACCUCCUGACAGACCACCAGGCGCACCGGUAGCCCCCGUCUCUGCUGACUCAGUGCCUUAGAAGCAGUCCUUCACCCCGAGAUACAGCAUCCUCCGUCCACACGCUCCUCCUGCGCUGCCAAGCUCCCACAACACCAGACAAAAUGUCCAAAACCGCUAUUGCUUACAAAGAGAAGAUGAAGGAGAUCUCAGUGCUGUCGCUCAUCUGCUCCUGCCUCUACCCCGAGACUCGCAAAAAUAUCAUGGGAGACUUUGAAGAGCUUGACAUCAAACCUAUUAACAAGCGAGCCUCGGGCCAGGCCUUUGAGGUGAUCCUGAAGCCCUCCUCUCCAGUGUCUGAGGCGGCCCACUGCAUCACCAGCCCCCCUAAGAGGGACCUGUCCCUGGAGGACAUCCAGAAGAAACUGGAGGCAGCUGAGGACCGGCGGAGAUCCCAGGAGGCGUCAGUUCUGAGAGCUCUGGCUGAAAAACGGGAGCACGAACGCGACGUGCUGCUCAGAGCCAUGGAGGAGAACAGCAACUUCAGCCGCAUGGCCGAGGAGAAGCUGCAGCUCAAGAUGGAGCAGAUUGAGGAGAACCGGCUGGCUUAUAUGGCUGCCCUGAUGGAGCGCCUGCAGGAGAAGGAGAAGCAUGCCCAGGAAGUGCGCAGGAACAAGGAGUUGCGAGAAGAGGUGACCGCAUGAGAACGCCCCUGCCAUGGUCCUGAUGCCCUCCCAGCACCAACAACACCACAACUACCACCCCAACCCCCUCCCCUCUCCCCCUGCCUCUGCCCCAAGAAACCAACCUCCCCAUUGUAUAACAUUAACCUUCCAUAAUGAUCAAACAUUCAUGGUCCUAAAUAGUGGGAGAUCCAGGCGGGGUUGGGGGUGGUAAGAAGAUGCAAAAAUUGUUUUGAAAUGAAAAAUGUAAUGACUCCCACCCAUUCUUCUUCCCAAAAAUAAGAAUGUUUUUUGCUCUGUUUCCAAUGAAAAGAAAAAAAAAAUUGACAAGUGAAAGUGGGCAUUGGUUUUUUGUAAAUACUUCUUUUUUGUUUUAUACAAGCAGCAAAAAGUAUUGAUUGCAGUGUGCCAUUUUUAUAUCUAAGUUGAAUAUCCUCUUGCAUAUAUGGGUGUAAUGGUUUGGUCAUUUUAAUAUUUUACUUUGUCCAUUUGAGCCUGAUAACUUAUUUUUUCUCUUGUAUGGUGACAGGCUAAGGUGUUUGUUGUGAGUUUGCCAGCUAGCUAAAGAGUGCCAUGACUUUCAUCUCCACAAAAUGUUAGCAUUUUGGCUUCAGCUUCUCUUUCCAAAAUUAGCUGCUUUCGGUUGGAGUGGUUCCCAUCCGCCUCACUCCCUAAUGAUAACUUUGGCACCGGGAAAAGCAGGAGUUAGCAUUUUGUGGAGAACUGUCACUGCACAUCAACCUCUGUGACAAUACAGAGAAACACUAAAGCAUUUAAUGAGCCUAUCCUCCGUCUCUCCGUCUACAACCUCUAUCUAUAUAUUUCCACUUGCAUUUAAGAAGCACUCACUCUCUCCACUUGGGCAGCUAUUUAGCCCAAUCAUAGCACAGCAUUGCGCUCAAGGGGAGCUUGCUAAAUACUGUCCAACCUGGCAACCUGGAAAAAUAAGUCACAUGACAACCCUGAACCAAUGGUAUAUCUGCAUUUAUUGUUUUUGUUCCAGUUCAAGCACAUCAUUGUAAAAGCCAGAGGUGCGGAGUCAAGACCUACACUUGAGAUCAGACUUGUUACUGUGAAUAAUUUUCCACAUUUUCCCUUGAGGCUAGAGUAGUGCUUACCAAUAUCAGCAGCAUCAGCAAGUACUAGAACCACUGCACUCAACAGCACUAGGUCCAGACUGAGGUCUUAGCUGGCACACAGUAUAGAGAUCUGUAAAGGUGUAUCUGACUGUAUUCGAAGCCUCAACAUUUUUAAGUGGCAAUGCAUCAUUUAGCCCGUAGGUGGCGUGUGAGUGUGUUUCCUAAAAGGCAGGUAGCUAUGGUUUGCUUGUGCCAUGUAAAACAGAAGUACAGUGUAUCACUAUUAGCGCUGACGGUGACUCCUACCUGCCUCUCUCUCUCCUCUGUCCAUGUGUGUGUUCCUCCUCUCCACAUAUAUCUUUGUGAGCAAGCAGUGGAUAAUAAAGAUCUGGGAUUCAGUGAAUGAAA